GUGUCGAUUUAAUCACGGCCAGUCAUCUCCUAUGUACAAGGGAUUGACACGCUGACGAAAUGUAUAGGCAUAUUUUGCGCGCAUCCAGGAAGUUAACUUGGAAGGCGCUGCUUUGCGAGCUGUUAUUGAGACGAACCCUUCUGCCUUGAUGGAAGCUGCGGCGCUUGAUAAGGAACGUUUGUUAUCAGGACCUAGGAGUGCAUUGCACGGUAUCCCUGUUCUUGUCAAAGAUAAUAUUGGAACUGUUGCAUUUGAAGGGAUGAACACGACGGCAGGAUCGUACAGUCUUCUUAAGUCCAUCGUCCCCGAAGACUCUGGUGUUGUGAAGAGAUUGCGCAAAGCAGGAGCUAUAAUUUUGGGUAAAGCCAACUUGUCAGAGUGGGCUCACUAUAGGGGCAAUAUUGCAUCUGGUUGGUCUGGGCGUGGUGGACAAUCGACCAAUGCCUAUUACCCAAACGGAGAUCCUUGCGGUUCAUCCUCCGGUUCGGCCAUUGCUUCAUCAAUUGGUCUCACCGCGGUCUCUUUAGGGACUGAAACCGAUGGAAGUAUCACCUGUCCUGCCAAUCAAAACAAUCUUGUGGGUAUCAAACCGACUGUUGGUUUGACGUCUCGUGCGGGAGUCAUUCCCAUCUCGGAACAUCAAGAUACGGUAGGCCCGCUAGCGCGAUCAACGACUGACGCUGCCAUUGUGCUUUCGAUUAUAGCGGGAAAGGAUCCCAAUGAUAACUUUACACUGGCGCAGCCUUAUCCCGUUCCCGACUAUACUAUGGCGCUGAGCAACAGCUCUCUUGUCGGUAAACGGAUUGGUGUCCCGCGAUCGGUGUUUUUGAAUGAUAGUAUUACGGGUAACGAUCCUUAUGUCAACGUUGUAUUUGAGCAAGCAUUGGAGGUCCUUCAGAGCCUUGGAGCAACGAUUGUGGACCCAGCUGACUUGCCAUCUGCGUAUGAGAUUGUCGCGUCUAACAACGAAACUGUCGUACUCAACACUGAUUUUAAGAUCCAACUAAACGCGUACUUCGAGUCUUUAUUAGCCAAUCCUUCUGGCGUCAUGUCUCUUGAGGAUCUGAUCAUGUUCGAUAACGCCAAUCCAACGCUUGAAGAGCCUACCGGAUAUACGGAUCAAUCUGAACUUAUUGGAGCAGAAGCGACCACUGGUUUUAAUUCGUCCUACUAUGCUUCUUUGGCCUUUGACAAGGAGCUAGGUGCUACCAGGGGAAUUGAUGCCGCACUGGAAAUGUAUACCCUGGACGCAUUGGUGCUUCCGGCUCCAGGAUAUACCACUGUUCCUGCCGCCAUUGCUGGUUAUCCAAUCGUCACAGUGCCCCUUGGUUUCUAUCCUGAAAACGUCACUAUUGGAAGUGCUGGCCCUAACACGUACUACCCCGCUCCCGGCAUGCCUAUCGGUCUAUCAUUCCUUGGGACGGCGUGGAGCGAGUACGAGCUUGUUGGGUUUGCGUAUGCUUACGAGCAGAAAACUCAGACAAGGCUGCAAAGGCUGGCCUAUGCUUCAGCUAUACCUACUACGCAGCUAGUAGAUGUUAUUGGUAUGUAGUACACACGGACUGUUAAUCGUGACGUAA